AUGAGUUCAGCAAUUCUUGUUCGAGAUCAUGUCGAAGAUAACGCAAUUACUCCUGCUCGUCCCAGAGGUCGUCAGAUCGGUCAAGUUGUUGCCCCAUACCGUUCCAGAGUACCCGUUAACGUAAUUGCAACUGAAUUAGACCAUUUAUCAGGAAGACCUGAGGAUACAGAAAGAUAUGUUGGUGAGGAACUCGGUGUUUUUCAAUUGGUUGAUCUCAAGUGUAAUGUUGCGGGUUGCCAAAAGGACAUGUAUCUCGGUGAGGAGGUGUCCAAGACCAACGGCCGUUUUUACAAGAAGCCUUUGUUUCGUGCUGGCCGAUUUUUUGUGUGCACCGUGCCCAACCGUACUACGGCCACCUUGAAACCUAUAAUCGAACGUCACUGCGAACCAAAUACCGUCAUCCGUUCAGAUGGUUGGAAGGGAUAUGACUUUAUGCAUCCCCCUGAUGUUCUUUUGGAGGAUGGAACCUACGAAAAUAACGAAGGCCGGUACCAAGAUGGUGAUUAUUACUUCAGACAACACCAAGUUGUCAAUCACUCAAAAAGUUUUGGUACCAAGGAUCAGGUUAAGGGUAACCAUACGCCUGGGUAUAUCCAUACCAAUGUUAUUGAAGGCAUGUGGGUGGAUUUAAAACGGUCGAUUGCUCCUUGCUACCGUAAUGAACAGUAUUGUGCGGAGAAACUUUUGGAGUAUCUGUGGAAAAAACAAAAUCCAAGCGUUUUGGAAGGGUUGAAUCGUGCGUUGAAGGAGGUAGUAUACCCUUCUGGUAUAGUAGGUCCAACUGCAGAGCUUAACGUACCGCAAUUGUUUACAAGAGGGGAAAAUGGACUCUCUCCAGAGCGCCAACGUCAGCAUGAAGCCCGCUUGGAAUCUCGUCGUGUUGCCUGGAUUCGACGCAAUCAGAAUGAAGCAGAAAAUGAUGCUAGCUCAUCCAGCAGUGAUGACGAAGGUCACUCGUCCAAUGGUAAUGCUUCCGAAGGCAGUAAUGAUUCUGACUGGAGUGGUAACGAAGACAAUGACAUGGGUGAGUGGAACGAAUCUGCUGCAGAUGAUCUUCCCGUUCAACAAGCCGAAGCCAAUCCAGAAGCAAGCCAAGACAAUCAGCGUAGAAGUGCAACUGCAGCAAGUGGUACAAGAAGAGCAACUAGAGCAACAGUCGCUUCCUCCCAGGUUGAGACCUCUUCAGCAUCAUCUGGUUCUUCCCGUAGUCGCUCCUCUUCUCGUGGCCGCCCAGCUUCCCGUCGUCCUGUUGGAAGACCAGCUGGGCCAAAUAAGCGGGUCAGGGUAAGUAGUGGCGCUGGCCCUGGUCGUCCCGCCGGAUCACGCACUCGGGUAGUAGCUAGCGAACCUACGCCUAUUGCACCAGUUGCACCAGCACCAAGACCAGUUGGUCGACCUCGUUUAGACAUUAGACCGCCAUCUUCAGCAGAAUCAUCAAUCCCAAGAACACGCCAUAACACAAGACCAUCUAGAAAAUAA